AUGGAGAAAGAAAAUGAAAUACAGUAUGAACGAUUUUACGAAAAAUUUAAUGCACGCCACUUGCAUUUCGAUGAAUUGGAUUCUACACAGUUAUAUUGCAAAAGAAAUAUGAAGUUGUUUAUACAAAAUGGUGAGUUAAAAAAUGAAGAAAAUAUGAUAAUAGUUAGUUGUAAUUCUCAAACAAAUGGUAUUGGAACAAGAGAUACAAAAAAUAAGGUCGAUAGAGUUUGGGUAUCUGAAAAUGGAAAUGUAUUUAUUUCAAUUAUAAAUUUAUGGAAAAUUGAAGAUAUACAAAAAAUUAAUUGCUUAGCUCAAACAUGUACUGUUGCUAUAAGUAAGACAUUAGAAGAAUUUCAUUUAUUAACACAAAUUAAAUGGAUAAAUGAUGUUUUAGUUGAUUAUAAAAAAAUAUCAGGAUGUCUUGUAAAUUUAUUUUAUUUAGAUGAAUUUCCUGAUUUAGAAAAAAAAUAUGUUUGUGUAAUUGCUGGAAUAGGUAUUAAUGUAAACUUAACAGAUAAUAAUAUAUUAUCAAAUAAUUAUACAUCAAUAAAAAAACAGUUAGAACAAGAUUUUAAUGUCUCUAGUUUAGUACCAUCAGUAGACCAAGUUAUUCAAAAAUUAAUCAACCAUUUUUUUAUAUCUAUAAAUAAAUUAAGAGAUGAAAAUUUCUCAUAUUUCUUAGAAUAUAUAACAGUUAGACUUUUAUAUAAAGGAGAAAUAGUUAUAAUAGAUCAAGACAAUCAUCAAAUAGUUGGAUAUUUAAAAGGUAUAUUACAUGAUGGUUCAAUCAUAUUACUAAAUGAUCAAAAUGAAAUAAUUUAUGCAAACACUGGGCAUUUACGUUUGUAUAGAGGAUCCUAA